CUUAUUCUUCCAACAAGUAGGAUUGUUAAUCAGUAAACGCGUGAAAAGAAAGACAUUCAUAAAAUUAUUUUGCUACUAUGUAACGCUCAUGUUUAUACUUUUCUCACAAUAUUUUUCUUGAAUCUGAAGUACUUUUAUCGUAAAAAGUACGACCGAAGGUUAAUCACAUUCUUAAAAAUUUCUUUUGAUAUUCUCGUAUUUAAAAUCGACUGAUGAGGAUUGUGCUGGAAUUAAAAACAAAAGUAUUUUGGGGGUAAAAGUGGAUAGGCACAGACCUGUCCCAUGACAGAAAUAGCAGACGACAGUGCGCUGUGUCUUCCAUCCGCUCUCGCGAUCCCUGGACGUGUUAGCGGAAGAUUCACGAUUAUUUUACCAAUUUAACGAAAUAUAGAACUUCAAACGAACGACGAACAAUCGACGAAAAUGGCUGAAAUAACGGAUUUCGGUCCAAGAAAGACGAUUUUUAUCUUGGCAAUUGUGGUCGGGUGUUUCGCGGUACUAUGGCCGAAGAUCUUUUAUCCUAUGCUCACAGCAUCUGUCACACCGCAUCAUACGUCUGAUAAUUCUGCGUGCUGCGAUGUAUUCUUUGAAAGUGAUGUUACUGCUGCUGAUAUUAUGAAUGAAAUAUGUCAAAAUAUAUUGAAGCAUCAUCAAAUUGAUCCAAGAGUAAAAGAUGCUUUGAGAGCAGUGAAACUGACACCACAAAGCGCAAAUUUGUGCAAGGAGGAGAUUUUAGCCAGAUGUGCCAUUGAUUUGUCCACGUUCCUUGCUGAAAGGGAACGUUUGGGAAAAUCUUAUAAACAAGUUUUAGAAGAGAUUAGAUCUUUCAACAGUUCCCUCUGCCUUAAACUGCACUUUGGUAUACCACUGUCUCAAUUAGGGAUACCACAUUUGAUCAGAUACCAUAUUUUAAUGCCCCACAGUACUAUAAAGCAAGAAAGGCGUACACCCCCGCACGCAGGUGGUCUGCAUCCUGCAAUGAGAGAACGUGGGAGAGCUAUACCUUCCUCCCACAUUGUACCAAAGGUUUCAGAUAGACCUGACCACAUUGUGCCAAAAAUGAGACCACCAUUAGGUGGUGCCGGACAUGUUGUUCCAGCACAGAAAGGGAAUGGUACCAUGGGAAUCAUUAUGCCACUGUACACCUUGGGAAUUAUAUUGUUCUUUUUGUACACAAUUGUCAAGGUGCUGAAGAAAAGCUCGGAUAGUGAGAUCAUUUCGGAAUACCCGGGAGUAGCUGCAGAGAAAGAAUUUCGGAAGAUGGUUUUCAGCCCCGAAGCAUUUGCUACUGCAAUGUCUGGUGGCACUAUGCACUAUCAAAAAGAAAGAUCACCGUCACCGGAAAGGCCUCCUACCAUAGAGGAAUUAAAGAAUCAAGCGGCAGGAGACAUAGAGAUAGAUCAACUGAGACGGCGAUUGGUCGAGACUGAAGCAGCGAUGGAAAGAAUUGUUGUUCAAAUGGGCAACAUAUCACGUUCGGUUAUGCAUAGUCCAAGCACACCAGAAGAACGAAAGAACGAUAUUGCUGCCCCGGCUGAGCAUAGUACGACAGAUGAAGAAGUAGAGAACAUAGAAUCACCGACAGUUAAAGUAAUGGGUAUGGAAAUGACAGCUAGUUGUGAGGGAAAGGGUAGUAGACCCACUACUCCUAUAAUACCGAUUUCACCAAGUCAUAUUGAGAGGGAGAAAACUCCGCCGAUACCGAUAUAUUUAGAGGGAGCACUGCCUCCGCAGUGUGAACUGCUUGUAACAGAUUCAGAAACGCACACACAAAAACCGGAAGAAGAUGUGGAAGCACCGGUGGUACUUUCAGGCAAAAUGACCCUCUCUCUCAUCAGUCUCGACCAAAAUGCAGCUGAAUCAGAAGAGGAAGACGUGAAAGUACAGAGGGAAGAAAAUGCAGCUUUAGAUACAGAAGAAGUUUUAAAUUCUGGGAUAAUUAACGUUAGAGAAGAAGAACGAGAAAUAGAAAUUCAAGAUGAAGUGAAAGAAAUUUGUGAGGAAACACAACCACAAGCAGAAAAGGAAGAGAAAAGCCAGGAAGAACAAUCAUAUAAACGAGACAAACAAGACAAAAUAUCAUAUGAUGAAAAAAGAGAAAUGGUAAGAGAAAGUGAGGAAGAAGUUGAAGAAACGGAGGCUGCUGAAGAAGAGGAGGAGGAAGAGGUUGAAGAAAUUGAAGAAAGCGAACAAGUAAAAGCACAAACCGAAGAAAAUCAAGAAGAGGAAGAGGAAGUAGAAGUGGAAAUGGAGGAGGAAGAGGAAGUAGAAGUGGAGGAGGAAGAGGAAGCGGAAGAGGAAGAAGUGGUGGAGGAAGAGGAAGAAGAGGAAGUAGAAGUGGAUGAGGAAGAGGAAGAUGUAAAUGAAGAGAACAAAGACGUGGAAGAACUAGAAGAAGACGAUGAAGGAGUUAAACAAGAAAGUGAGGAAGAAUAUGAGGAUGAAGCUGAUGAAGAAGAUGAAGAUGAGGAAGAAGAAAUAGAAAACAGUCAGAAGGGAAAAGAUACUAGAAGAGGAAUGUAAAAAGUAUACAAAAUUUAUACCUAAAACAUUAAUGAGAUAGAAAAAAGCCAGGAGAUAAUAAUUGUAUCGAGAACAACGAAAGUACGUUGCACGAUUUCAGUAAGAGAUGUGAAAGAGAAAAGAUACAUAAUGACAAUGGGUUGCCUUAUAACGAAAAGACAGUCUAGAAUAGAAGAAAAUAAAAAAUUAAUUUUUAUCUAAAUCAGUGUUUACCAAUCUUCGAAAUUUAUAGACUGUAAGAGGGAAGAGAGAACAAGCUAAUCAACGAAUGGUGCAGAUCUUGAUUAGUCAGCACUGCCAAAGACCUAAUAAGUUCAUAAAUAGACUGCGGAUUUGUAUAAGAAGUCAAAUUUUUAUGAACUGACUAUAGAUUUCCUUUAUUAUUUAUUAUUUUGGAAUAUUACAACAUCGAAUUUAUACCAAAUAUAUAGUAUGUAUUUCACCAUAUUAUUUGCUUUUUGUACAUUCUCUAUAAAAAUCCGCAAUCAAUUUAUAAGACUCGAAUUUACUGCAUGAUUAUUAUUAUAUUAUUGCCUAUUGUAUCCUAUAUUUAAUACAAUCAAAAAUUGAUACUAAUCAGGGGCCAAACGAGGGGCAGUGUAUGCAAUUCUAGCACAGUUCAAUAAACUCUAAAUAAUUCAUACCUAAUUCUGUAUCGGGUAUGGUGAUUGGCAAGCACUGAUCUUUAUGCUUGUGCACAUACCAUUUCAAUUUAACGCUAUUUAGUAGUUUUUUUUUUAUUCCGUCUCUGUUUAUAGUAAUCUUGUUCACUUUUUUUAUUUAUAUAAUCCAAUUUUAUAUGGUAUUCUGUACGGACUAUUUGAGUUACAGCUAGUCGAACGAAUUUUUAAUAACGUAGUUUGUAUACUUAGUAAAUAGUAUUGUCAUUUUCAUACCUACAUAUGUUUAAUAGUGCAAUUUGAAGCAUUGAAUGAUUACAAACAUAAAUUACUAUUCUUUAUCAGUUUAUUAUGUACUAUUGCGUGAAGUUUCUUAUGUAUAUACGAAUGAUAUUAAAACUACUUAAAAUCGUAA